GCCCGAGUUGAUAAACAAAGGACAUUUACUAAAGCCAGGUGAACACCGCGGGGUCAGCUGCUGCAUGCGAGUCCCAUCCAGGAGAAGCCCAAACUUGACAGCGGAGGGUAAUAUUCUGGGAAGCGAAUGAAGAAACACCUUUUGCUUCACUUCACAUAUAGAGGACUAGUGAGAAAAGGGAAAAAGAGUAAAAGAAGAAAAUGGCCAAUUUUAAUUUGCGUAAAGCGGAGCCAAAAGACGUGCCUGACAUAUUGCGACUCAUAAAGGAACUGGCUAAGUAUGAAGAAAUGGAAGACCAAGUUAUAUUAACUGAGAAAGAUCUGCUCGAGGACGGAUUCGGAGACCACCCGUUUUACCACUGCGUGGUCGCAGACGUGCCAGCUGAGCAUCAGAAAGUCGAGGGUUAUUCUGUGAUCGGAUUUGCUAUGUACUACUUCACCUACGACCCUUGGAUUGGCAAACUGCUGUACCUUGAGGAUUUCUAUGUGAUGAAAGAGUACAGAGGUUUUGGAAUUGGGUCUGAAAUCCUGAAAACCCUCAGUGAUACAGCAGUGAAGAAUCGGUGCAGCAGCAUGCAUUUCAUCGUGGCUGAGUCCAACAAGGCAUCCAUCGACUUUUACAAGCGACGCGGGGCCUCUGACCUCUCGCUGCAGGAGGGAUGGCGACUUUUCAGGAUCGAUAAGGAGAAUCUCCUGAAAAUUUCUGCCGAAGAGUGAGCUGGCCCG